CACACGGAUGGUGAACUAACAAACCUCAGAGAGCCUGGGCCUCAUGCUGAUUCAUUGAGGACGUCACAGGAGAAGAAGAAGAAGAAGAAGAAGCUGCUUCACUCCUCUUCUUCAGGCUCUGACAUCUCCUCCUGAACUGACAGAUGUUUUGUCUGUGAUUUUUCCCACUGAGACGUUUCUUCAGUGUCUCAGCUUCUCUUGCUGCUGAUGUCUGAGCCUCUCGGUGUCUGUGACUCUUCAGUGUCUGUGACUCUUCAGUGAGGAGCGUCUCUCUGAACCUAAAGCAAACCGAAGUCAAACUGCAGCUCAGAUCUUCUGGAGGAGGACUGAGGCUCCUCACGUGGAACUAGCUUCAUUUCAUUGGAAAAAACUGGAAAGAAAACUUCUGCCACAUUUCUUCAGUCAAAGACGAAUCACAGACACGACAGACGGAACCACAGACAGCAGAGGACGACUCACCUCCUCCUGUCAGUCCCCAGGUGGAGGAGGAGCAGCCAUGUCAGUUGACCUGAGCGUCCUGCAGAGCGGCGGAGGAGCAGAGGGGGGGGCAGCUCUGGAGACUCUGGAGAAACAGCUGAUCUGUCCCCUCUGUCUGGAGCUGUUCACCAAGCCAGUGGUGAUUCUGCCCUGUCAGCACAACCUGUGCAGGAAGUGUGCCAACGAGCUGUACCAGCCCUCGCUGUUCCAGGCUCGAACCACCAUGACGGUGAACAGCGGUCGAUUCCGCUGUCCCUCCUGCAGACACGAGGUGGUGCUGGAUCGCCACGGCGUCUACAGCCUCCAGAGGAACCUGCUGGUGGAGAACAUCAUCGACGUCUACAGACAGGAAGUCAGCAGCAGCUCCGGCAACGCCACGAGUGCCCCCCCGCCUCCCGCGCCUCCUGCACCUCCUGGUCAGCUGACGUGUUCGGAGCACGAGGGCGAGAAGCUGAACAUCUACUGUCUCAGCUGCCGGGUUCCAACCUGCUCCCUCUGCAAAGUGUUCGGUGCUCAUGGGUCGUGUCAGGUGGCUCCUCUGACCGACGUCUACCAGCAGCACAAGGACGAGCUGAGAGAAGGAGUCAGUUCUCUGGAGACGCUGAGGGAGCGAGUCCGGGCUCUGAUCCACGAGCUGGAGGAGACGAGCAGGAACCUCGAGCUGAACAGUUCGGCUCAGAGACAAAGUGUCUGUGACGGGUUCGACCGGAUGAAGUGCAUCCUGGGAGAGAGACACAAGGCCAUGACUCAGCGAAUCAGCUGCGAGCAGGAGGAGAAGACAGGCCACGCCCAGGCCUUGGUGCGCUGCUAUGGGGACAGCGUGGAGGCCAAUGCCCGACUGAUGGAGCGAGCAGCGAGCGGAUUGGACGAGCUGGACCCGGCUGCCUUCAUCCAGAUUUCCAGAGCGCUCAUCACAGAGGUGAAGACAGCCACCUGCUCCUGUCCGACCGAGACCCUGAAGCCCGGUUACGAGAAUCUGAGUCCGUACGAAUUUAACUUCGUCCGACAGGAGCGAGCUCUGAGGAGCAUCGACUUCAUGAGAGCUGUGGAGGAUGUUCCUGAAGAACCAGAUGUGGAACCGGAUGAACCCAGAGAACUUCCUGAACUAAAGCAGCAUCAGGAGUCGUCCGUCCAGAACCUGGAAUCUGGAGCAGAAGCAGUUAAAGAGACGACAUCAGCACCAGAGGAACCAGCUCCAGAUCCAGAGCUGCUGAGAGGCCGUGAGGAACCUGCAGGGGGCGACCUGCAGCCGCAGCCUGACCACGCUGAAGAGAACGAUGGAGAAUCAGGAUUGAUCAACAAGAAGGAGGAAGAGGAAGAGGAGGAGGAGGAACGAGACGAGGGAGGUGCAGCUCCUGACUCCAUUAAAGACACAACCAUCUGUGAACAGGAGGGAAUGAGCACACAACAGGCUGUCACCCUGCUCUUCUACCUGUUGGCCUUCCUGCUCAUCCUUCAGAACGUGUGGGCGUACAUCGGCUGCUUCAUUUGCACAUAACCUCAGCAGGAGGCCAUCGCUGCUCAGAUGAAGGAUGAGACCAGGAGACCAGCCCUUAUUACAAGUAGUAAAAGACGUACAAGUAUGAUGUUUUAGUACUUGUACUUUGAAAAGUAUAUGGUAUUAUGUUUACUGUAUUUGCCAAACUGUA